AUGGGGAAUUCAAAUAGUCAAUUGACUCUGCAAGAGAAGAAGAGAUUGGUUAAGGCAGCUAAUUUCAGCCAAGAAAAUAUUCUGAAACUUUACAAACGCUUCUGCCAGCUGGAUUCUAAUAAUAAUGGCAAACUUGAUCUUAAAGAGAUUCUUAAUAUUCCUGAUAUGAAUGAAAAUCCACUAGUUAAUCGACUUUUGGAUGUUUUUGACACAAAUUCUGAUGGAGGAAUCUCAUUUUCUGAGUUGCUUGUUGGUUUGGCUAAACUGGCGGAGAAUGUUGAUGAGAUAGAGAAGACCAAAUUUGCCUUUGAUGUAUACGAUGUAAAUAAGGAUGGCAUUAUAUCCAAUGGUGAUCUGUUUGCAUCACUGCAGAUAAUGGUUGGUAACAAUCUAUCAACUGUCCAAAUACAACAACUUGUAGACAGGACCAUUCUGCAAGUGGACAAGAACGGAGACGGGAUGAUUUCCUUUGAUGAAUUUAGGGAGUUUACCCUCAACAUGGAUAUAAAAUCCAGGUUCAAAUUCAACCUCUAA